GGUCACUACAUACAAGUCGAUCGGCGUUAUUUAUUUUUUCGGCAUUUCGGUCGCUUAACCUACAACAGUGUAAUCGCAGAUUAUACCGAAAUUAUUAUAGAUACACCGACACGUAUACGUAUAUGUGCUGGUUCGCUCGGCUUUGAAAUUGUACUUACAUCACGUGCGCGUAGAUUCUUGACGGUGUUUAUCCACUCUUAAAAACGAUCUGUCAAAAGUGCAACACACGCCGACGGAGAUAGAUCCUGCCGUUGCGCGGUUAUAGCUGCAAUAAACGAGUCGAGAACGUGCUGUAAUUUAAAAUCGUGAACACGUCCAAGAUGUCCAAACAACUGUGUCCCAUUGUAUUCGGGCCAAUCGAUGCCAAUUCAAUUCAUACCACCAACAACAAGAGGAAGAAAUUGAGUUUGUCGAAGGAACUGUUAAGAGAAAUCACGCAAUUCAAACGUAUGCUCAUCACAAGGAAGGAAAAUUACGAAAUCAAUUUUCUCGAUCCCGUCAACGGCGAACAGCUGAAACUCAUGUGCACCGACACCGUGUGCACCGGACGGGUGUUGCACUCGGGCGUGCGGACGCUGCAAAAAGCCAUCGCCCGGGAACGGUCGCACCGAUGGGAAUACGUGGACGGCUUGACGCGUUACACGCGCGAGCUGGACCAGCUGGACGGAGCUAAGGGGGAACUGUUGGACGGCCUGGAGCGGAUGCGGGCCGGCGUGGACGACACCGUGAACGCGCUCCGCGUGGACGUGGAACGGGCCCACGACGAGUACGAGGAGCGCAAGAGGCGGUUCUUCCGGUUCUCCGAUAGCGCGGAAGGCGUCGGGCCACAAGAGCCGGCCGCCAAGGUCGCGGACGAUCGGUUUCGGUCGUUGUGCGAGGGCACGGCCAUCGGCGCCGUCUCGCUACCCGGCCGCAGUGGCUGCAGCUGGCCGGACGACAUCGACGACGAGGACGACGACGACGCCGCCCUAACGGUCUUUCGGCGGCUCCGGAGGGACGCCGUGGCCCGCGGCGGCGACGCCUGUCGUACGCGAACUGACGAACUGCUGACGCUCUGGCGCGCCGUCAAGUCCGUGUCCGAGUACAACCGGACGCUGGAGACGGCGGCGCGUGCGCUCGAAGAACAGACGGAAACGCUGCAGACCAACCUGUGCGACGCGGUGGCCGCGUGCACGGCGCUGGACGCGGACCAGUCGGUCAACAAGUGCCGGUCGGUGGUGCUGGACGACUUCUGCGCGGUCGCCGAACAGAUCACGGCGCAGCAGAUUAGGAACUUGGAGUUCGGCCGCAUGUUGGCCGUUGACGAACGGCAAAUCGGCGAGGAACUGCACAAGAUCGGACAGCUGAAGGCCAAGAUUUCCAAGAAAAAAGAGAAAAAACAAAGGCUUCUCCAGCAAACAGACAGUGUGAAAAGUCAACUGGAAGCAUACAAAAAUCGUUACGAAGAUUUAAAGAGGAAAAGAGCUUUUCUUGACGACAAUUUAAACGCUAUGAAACGUUCGCCAAGCAAAUUAGCAAAUCAAUUUGAACAACAAGGUUUCAGUCAAAGAGUGAAACAUUUGGAACUACUCAAACACCAAUACAACCAAUUGACUAAUAAAAGAGAAGCAUUAAAAUUGAAAAUUCAAAGUCAACAACAGGUGGUCAAGACACCUCGUCGAAUAAAUGAAUAAAUACAUUUUACGAUCCUUAGUAUCACAGCAUUUAUCAGUUCGUUUGGUUAAUGUACUGAUUUCAAAAAUAUUCUUUUAAGUUUAGGCAUCUCAAAAGCUUUAUUUUCUUCUAAAACUAGGCUAAAAAUUUAAUUAGAAUUUUUA